CCAAUAUGACGAUGAAGCUGUUUCGACGCGGAUCGCCCCGAUGUAUCGGUCUGCUGUCUGCGUUCGUGACGAUCCUGCUCUGCCUUUACUACAUCUCCAUGGGGCAACCGUCGCCGGCUGGAUCCGGCCCGUCUGCCCCGACCGGGAUGGACGGCAAGGACGCAUCCGGCGCUGUGCCAGUCGGUGCAGCCCACCAGAAACGCUCCAACGGACAACAUACGGGCCCGAAUGCAAAUCAUUCGUGGCACAGCUGGCUGCGGAGCAACCUGAUCGGUGGCGGUGGUGGAGGACCUGCAGCCGCCGGUGGUCGGCAGCAGCGCAUCGCCAAUCGAGUAGGUGAUAAUGUGCGAGGAGACUCGGCCGAUGCGGACGACGACAGUGGCGGAACCGAUGCAGACGACGGUGGCGGAGAGGCUGGCCCACUGCCGCGCUUCGGUAGCCGAUGGGAUGAGUGCAACGUGCUGGAGGAGGCAUCGACCGACAUCACCACCGUGGACGAGUAUGGGAAAUUCGAUUUCCAGCCCGAAUGGAUGAAAACGAAGGAAUACUGGGACAAGGAUUUUGAAACCCGCUAUGAAAAGCUACAAAAGGACCCGAAAAGGCCACCGCUUAAGAUUGUGGUGGUGCCCCAUUCCCACAACGAUCCCGGCUGGUUGAAAACGUUCGUCAACUACUUCCAGUCCGAUUCGCGCCAAAUACUCAACCUGGCCGUCACCAAAAUGCCCGAGUACAGCAACAUGUCGUUCAUCUGGAGCGAAAUUAGCUUCCUGCAGCUGUGGUGGGAUCAGGCACAUCCGACCAAACAGCGGAUACUGAAGAAAUUGGUACAAUCGGGACGGUUGGAAAUCACGACCGGAGGUUGGGUUAUGACGGAUGAAGCCAAUGCCCAUCUGUACGCUAUGGUGGAUCAACUUAUCGAAGGACACCAGUGGGUUAAGGCGAACCUCAACAUUACACCCAAAACGGGCUGGAGCAUCGAUCCGUUUGGACACGGCAGUACCGUGCCGUAUCUGCUGGCCGCAUCCGGCUUCAAGGGUACGAUCAUACAGCGGAUCCAUUACGCCUGGAAGCAGUGGUUCGCCCGCCAUCGGUACGGUGACUUCCUGUGGGCGCCAUAUUGGAAGAGUCUAUCGAACAGCGCACGGGAUCAUACGAUGCUAACGCACAACAUGCCAUUCGACAUCUACUCGAUCAAGCAUUCGUGCGGACCGCAUCCAUUCAUCUGUCUGAACUUUGACUUCCGUAAGAUCCCCGGAGAAUACACGGAAUAUUCGAUCAAGGCACAGUUCAUCACACCGGAAAACAUUGAGGCGAAGGCCGAUCUGCUGAUGGAACAGUACUCUCGCACGGCGUCACUGUUCCCCCACAAUGUGGCGCUCAUCCCGGUGGGAGAUGACUUCCGGUACAACAAGGAGAAGGAAAUGGAACAGCAGUACACCAACUACAAGAAGCUGAUCGAUUACAUCAACGAGCAUCGGCAGAAGUACAAUGCGGAAAUAAGCUUCGGCACACCGGUCGAUUACUUCAAUGCCAUCCGUGAACGGUACGAUCGAUUCCCCACACUCAAGGGUGACUUCUUCGUGUAUGCCGAUAUCUUCAACGAGGGGCGACCGGCGUACUGGUCCGGCUACUUCACAACACGUCCAUACUACAAGAUCCUAAGCCGUGAGCUCGAGCACAAUCUGCGCAGUCUGGAGAUUUUGUUUACGAUCGCGUUCAACCGAGCCCGCCAAACCAGCAGUUCGAAUGCGUUCAAAAUUUACGAAAAGAACUACGAAAAGAUGAUUCUGGCGCGGCGUAAUCUCGGUCUGUUUCAGCACCACGAUGCCAUCACGGGCACGUCGAAAGCGAACGUAAUGCGCGACUAUGCACUGCGGCUGUUCGAAAGCAUACAGGACACGGUAAAGCUGCAGGAGAAGACGAUCGAGCUGCUGGUACAGCGGAAACCGCUCGAUCAGCAGCACGGCUUCCUGAUCGGCGAGCUGGAGCGGGACAAUUUCGGCAAGUUGCCGCGCAAAACGCCCAUCAUCGUGACGGAGGGUCGCAGCACGGACUUUAUCGUGUACAACGCGCUCGCCCAGGAACGGCUUGAGGUGGUCACGAUACGUACCCUGACGCCACGCGUAAAGAUACUGGACGCGGGUGGCAAAACCGUCGACAUCCAGAUCAACCCGGUGUGGAACAUUACGGAGACGUCGUACACGUCGCGCAAGAUUGUACCCUCGGACAAGGAGUACGAGGUGAUGUUUGUCGCACGGUUAGCGCCCCUUUCGCUGACCACGUACACGGCCGCAUACGAUGAGGACGGUUACCAGGGCAAGAUGGCCACACUGUACUGUACCGAGUGUCAGGACGAGAAGACGAAAGCGUUCGAGGUACGCAGCAAACAGCCGGGUGACAUACAGCUGGAGAACUAUAAGAUGCGUCUGCUGUUCGACGAGCAGAGCGGGUUCCUGAAGUCGGUCACGAAGAAGCACAUGGGCAAGCAGAUCCAGUGUGCGAUCAAGUUUGCCGCGUACAAGAGUGCUCAAUUCCAUUCGGGUGCGUAUCUCUUCAAAACCGAUCCAGAGCAGCGCAACUCCGAGAAGGACGUGCUGGAGCAGUACGGUGAUCUGACCAUUCUUAUCACGUCCGGUCCACUGGCAAGCGAUGUGACCGCCAUUUACGGACCGUUCCUGGCGCACACGGUACGCAUCUACAACUCGAACAGUGUGCUGGACAGUGCGAUCUACAUCGAAAACGAUAUCGACUUCGAGGCACCGCCAAAGAACCGCGAGACGGAACUGUUUAUGCGGUUCGUUACGGAUAUUGAGAAUGGAGCGAGCGAAAACCCGGAGUUCUACUCCGACCUGAACGGAUUCCAGUAUCAGAAGCGGGUGAAAGUGUCGGCAAUUGGGGUGGAAGGAAACUAUUUCCCCAUCACCUCCGGCGCGUUUAUCCAGGACGAUCGUAUGCGUCUAACGCUGCUGACAACGCAUGCGCAGGGUGCGGCAAGCUUAGAACCGGGCCAGCUUGAGGUAAUGCUCGAUCGACGCACACUGUACGACGAUUAUCGUGGCAUGGGCGAAGGUGUCAUCGAUAGCCGUCUGACGCGGCACCGGUUCUGGCUGACGCUGGAAACGAUCGAUACACCAACGGCGGCCCAACCGGACCCACCGGCUGCAAACACCAACGAGGAACAGAAGCCAAAUGCCGACCCCUACCAGCUGCCCAGCAUCUUUGCCAAUGCGCUGGCAAACGGGCUGAACUAUCCGGCCAACUUGUUCAUCGUCGAACGGUUCGACGAAAGCAAUCAGUUGGAGUUGAACCGGGCGGUGCGGUUGCUGCGGGUACAGUUCCCGUGCGAUCUGCACAUGCUCAAUCUGCGCACGCUCACCGAGAGCAACUUGCCACUGUUCCCGUCCAGCUCUGCGCUGCUGGUGUUGCAACGGCAAGGUUACAGCUGCCGAAUAGGGGGUGACGAAAUGAUCGGUCACUUCUGCGGCAAUGGUAGCAGUAGUAGCGGUGGUGGUGGUGGUAGUGCUGGCAGUAGUACCAGCAAUCCAUCCAAAAACGCAAUCAUUGACGGUGGCGAUGGCAACGAGAUCGACCAUCGUCAGCCGGAGGUGCGGGAACUGCAACUCUUCCGACGGUUACGGAUCGAAGCGAUCCAGGCAACGUCACUGACGGGGUUACAUCCGGGCGAACGAAUCACCACGUUCACCGACAUCUAUCUCGAGCCGAUGGAACUCAAAACGUACAAUCUUACGUUCGCAAAGUAGGGCGAGAUCCCGGACUUUAGCUGAUGGAUACCGUCGACUAUGGGGGAGAUAUCUCGCCAACAACUCAUUUCAAGCAUUCCACAACGUACGGGAACUCCCGUUGCGAAACAACUCACUCGUUUGGGACGAUCUUCAUCCUCAUCGUCGUGUGUUUCUAUCCGUGUUCAAGUAGUCAACCUCUAGUGAGAGAAAGGAGUACGAAGGAAAUAGUAGCUGAUGUUGAUGAUAAGAAGAAAAUGGUGAUCAUGAAUCGCACGACGACGAAGACGACACCAUCCAUGUGUCAAUGGGUGUAUAAAGCUCUCUUACAAAAUAUCCCACUCACUUUCUCUGUCUCAACCCGAGUCCUCCUUAGCUCUCAAUGUUUCUCCUCCUAUCACUGAUGGCUAAUUUUACGCGAUCGUUUAGUCGUGCAUGCACGCAACGCCAACAUCAACUCAAACGCAUUACCUACUCUCUCGAACACAUGUGCGCGCCAACACCUUUCCGCUGGCCGUUGUUUAUCCUUUUUAAGAAGACAAAAAAGACAAUGCCCUGUCGGAGAAAGGUACGGUCAGGGUCAGCUCCACUCGAUGAGCCGGGAGUCUAGUGUAAUUUAUGUAACGUUUAGGAUAGUAACCGGGAACGAGUACGUGCGCGCCAAUAAUGAAUGAACAGGAAGGAUUGGUGGGUGGGCGAACUUAAUAAUUAGUAGGCAAGUUAUUCAAAUGAAACAAAACAAACAACCCAAUCGUACACUAAUUAACUGCACGUGGUAGUAGACGUUUAGACAACAACAUACACUUAGUGAAUCAAAACAUUAUCGACUACAAAUGUGGACAGUGGGGGAUUAAUUUAGUAGGAAUUCGUGGGGUGGAAGGAUGGGCCUGGGUAAAGUCACAAAGCAGCAGGAUGAGCAGGAUGAGUUGGAGGGGGGCCAGAUUGAUAGGGAGAACUAUAGGGAAAGUAGGUGAAUAUGAUAGAAUAGAUGAAAUGUAAGUGGAUCGUACAAUGGAACAGAUUCGGAGCAGAGAUGGAACGACCAUAGACUUAUGGCUAGAAUUAAUGCAUUCGUACUGCGCUGGUCAUGCUGAGUGACCGAAUGGCCGAAGGCAAAGAGUCCUUGAGCUGGUUUAUGUUUACCCUUAUUGUUCAAAUUUUCGUUUUCCCCCGCAUCGACCCCCUGUGCAACGUGACGAUACGAUACGGCCAGAAGCGAACGUGUGUGGGAAGCAAUCCUCUCUAAUCUGUUUUCCUCAUUCCAUGAAACAAGGAGUACAUACAGGUGGUGUGACCAGCUCUAAUUAUGUGUUAGAUGAGUACGCAUUUUCCUUUCCUGCUGCUUUUACACUAAUCAUUCAAACUGUACAAAAGCGGUACCGUAGUAUUAUUGGCAAACAAACCUCUCCGUAUAGCUCUGGACUGUUUUUUUUUUUGGUUUGUCGCCUUUAAUUUGUUUUUCCAUUUGAGUUCACUCCUUUGUGCAAUGGAAAGCUGUGUUUAUGUUUUAAAUUAAUUCUAAUAUAAGUGUAGAGCUGUGUGUUAAUCUGACGCUUUGUUCCGUUUUAAUGGUCGACGUCGCGCGCACCACUUCCUAUAAUAUCAUUAUUACGUCCGCAAAUUUGUUGAACUGGAUAAGAACAAAUUUAAAAACACUAUAGCGCAAUUGUUGUUACUCUCUUUACUAAAACAAAACAAAAAACACAUUAAUGAUUUCCACCUCGACGAGAGGAUAGUAUGGAUAGUAAAACAAACAAACGGUAGGCUUAUGAAAUGACGGAUAUUGUAAAUUAAGUAAGGAAUAUGCACGUGUGCAUCAAUGAAACAGGUGCGGCAAGUGGUUUAUACCAGAACUAUAACGAUAACACGCCGAAUGGUGGUAGUAUGGCCCAUAGUUUGUAAAUGCCCGGUUGCGACAAAGAAAAACCUCAACCCCCAUUACGGCCAUGUUCGUAACGUUUAUGACCAGGGAAACAGGGAUCCGCACACACAAACAACACGUUUCGUUUCAGACUCACUCACACAAAGUGAUCGUCAUUUUGUUCUAACUGUUCUCUCCGCCAUCCCAAUCCGCCACCGGCAACAGGUGGUUGGGUCCGGUUGGGUAAGCUAACAAACCAAAUUAAGCGGGAAACGAUUGUGAAUACCAAUAAUAAAGUUAAUGAAGGGACAAGAGAA